AUGUGCUGGAUCGGCUUUUGCGUUCCGGUGGUCUUUGAAGUCUACGUCCACGUUCUUCGAGGCUUCAGUCGAGAGGAGAUCCUGGCAGAAGAGGACAAGCUUCCGACACAGAUGUCCCGUUUCCUGGACUUCUCCGAGUUGAUUUGCCGAGUUUGUUUAGCGCAAGUGAUGGUGGCCACGUUUUUCUUCAUGGCGCGCGCUGUCCUCCACAACAAGGUUCGUCAGGGCUGGAAACAGCUUUGUGGCACCUCUCCUCGGCAGUAUGUGCCAGGGCUGUUGGUGUCUUUGGUGACGUUUAGCGUGGGACUAUGGGGCUGCUUGAUCGGUGAUGAAGGGCUUCCGCUUUGGGCGUUGCUCUACAGUCACAUUUGCGACAUCUUCUGCCAUGCGAUUGUUUCCUCUGCGCUUAUGGGCUUGGGCUUUGAUCUUCUGGUAGCGAUAUACAAGGGCAAGUUGAUGGAUUUUCUCAAGAAGUUUGUCAGAUGUGAUGACACCAUUGAGGCUCAUGGUGUCUAUGCUGAGGAGCCCUUAGGUGAGAUGCACGACUACAGCUUCCACGAAGCGAGUCCCAGCGUUGUUUCGGCCUCUCGAAGCGAGUCCAGGAAGUCGUCCUGUCGACUUCUCCGGCGAGCCUUGCAAUGUAGUUUGAUGUGGGCAUCGUGGAUCUUCAUUUUCGUGUCCUACACACUGGCCUGGUGCAGACCUGACUUGGCACCUCAAUGGAUGCAGACCAUGGUGGACUUCAUCGGCCGAUUCUGUUGGGCGGGGAUUACCUUUUGGAUCGUGAGUUCAAUCGCCAGCAUCGGUAUGAAUGAUUCCACUGUGUCCAAUGAGGGGCAUUUCCCUGGAACGAGACCGGCCACCAUGGAUGUGAUCGAGGCCAUGGGUAUGGCGUCUCUGGAACGCUGCCAGGACUGUGAAGAAACCCUGGCAGCAGCCACGUCCCUCGGAAGCAACCGCAACUUUCAACAGAAAACUGCAGAUGUUGAGGUUUUGGAUCAUGGUUGUCGCCGCUACGCUGACCUCCUUGACGGCCGCUACGGAUGUACAGACUUGGCUUUCCAUGGUGUUGAAUUGGAGCGUGAGGGAACCUUCGACCAGCCGGACCCAAAUGCAGAACAAGGACAGUGCAGCAGGUUAAAGAAGAGCCGUGUGGAUUGGAAGGUCCGCUACCACCACUUCAAGCACAGUGUGCCAACGUUUUGUUCACCCUUUAGCGGCCGGGAGAUCACAUCCGUGGCACAUCCUGAUGAGGUUGCCUACCUCCGGUGCCGGCUUUGUACAGACGUCGUCGCUGAAGGCUGCAGCCAAGGAGUCUACCUGGAGGUGGAGGUCGCAAGCAACUCGGAUAACCUCAGCAUGGCUGUGGUUGACUUCGAGGCCGGCGGUUGCAGCAGUGUCACCUUCAGUCCAGACACAGGCGCCGUCAUCCGGGAACGUAAGGUAAGGGAAGCUCCGCGGAAGGUCGAGGGCGCUUAUAUCCAGCCUCUGCCCACUGUCACGACCGGCCGGCCCUUCCAUGGGCUGAUGGGUCUCUACCUCUACCAAGACCGCCUGGCAUUUUUCAGGAGGUGCGAGCUGCCGGCCACAGGCCUAGACAGAGAGGCAAACCCCAUGCAGCUGCAGACGCCAGGCAUGGCUCAAGGAUGCCAUUUGGGCCCCUGGGAGACGACGGGUUUCGUGUCUGACCUUGACUGGGCUGAGGGCCGACGCUUGACGCCCUGCCUGGCCUUUCGCGAUGAGGGCGCUUACCGAGUACGAGUUGUCCAAAUUGGUGCAAUGCCACCACUCGACGUACAGAAAGCUACCCGCCAAGAUGCCAAAGUCACUGACUGGAGAACCAGCUGGAGCGACUUUGAUUGGGAGGUCGAUGGGUCCCAUGGGUCGAUGGGAUGGCGUGGGUACACCGGAGGCGGCGGCAUCAGCCUGAUGCUGGAGGGUGCCCCUGUCUUGCUGCUCCCGCUGGCAACAGCCCACUCGCCCAUUGGAACCAAUGGGGAGCGAUUUCGUGGCGGGAGUCGCAAGCUCUGGAACCUUGCAGCUCAGGAGAACCACAUUUGGGGGAAGUGUGACGAGUGGGACCACAAAGUGGCCGGCUGUGAGCUCAAUUCGCAAUACAAGUGCAGUGCCUACAUCUCUGAAGGGCCUGCCCAGUAUGACAUCGAAAUCGUGCUGGGUAACCUGACGCCUUCCACUCCGGAGCAUCCGGUGCAUUUGGCGUGGUGGUCGCCUCGAAAGUCCGAAACCCCUUGGAAUCCACACAUCAGCCUGGCCGGAUGUGCGGUCUAUGGCUGGAUGACCGACGCCUAUCCCAAGUACGGCGACGCGGACUUCAACGGAGGCAAUCAGUUGGUGGGCACCGAUGGCACGGUAACGAUCCGAGUCCAAGCGCCGUCCACGUACUUUGUGACGAAUUGGAUCUCAGUGCCACACGUGCAUCUGCGCGUGUGCAGCAAUGACACCUAUGCUCAUACCACCCAAGAUGCCAUAGUCUUCGUGAAGAACGGUCCCGAGCUGGUGGCUGGGGAGUCAGGUUCCGACCUGCAGGUCGUGAGCGUCAAGAACAUGAGCUACACAUCCACUCCAGGCUCUGGCGACGUCAGUGACAACAGGAUCUUUGGCAUUUUGGUCUGGAAGAAGGGGGGCACUGUUGGCACGACCACGCCAUUGCCCAACGGCUUAAUUGAAGAGAUCAUUGAUGAUGAGAUGGCGAAAAUGAAUUGGGAUGCCUUGGAAUUCUCUCCCAUCUAUCAAUGCUUCAUGGAAGAGAAGCUCUUCGAUCACUUCACCGCCUCCUGCACCGACACAUGCGGCCCUAACGCCGUGGUGGCACGUGGCCAAUGUGUGCGCCCCGAGCGUGGCGUCAGGGUAGAAGCCGUGGCCAGUUGGAGCCUGUCGGUGCAGUGCAACGAGGCUUGCUGGAACGAAUGGAAGAACAAGACACUUCACUACACCAGGCUGGCAGUCGCUGAUAUGCUGGACAUCCCUUUCCAGGAAGUGGAGCGUGCCGGCUUGGCCUUCCACGCGGACGACGGUGUGCGGCGCCUGCAGAGCGCGACGACGCGUUCGGCCACGGUGCAGGCCUACAUCAACACCAAGCGUUUGAGUGUCACAGAGAUCAACACCCUGGUGCCCCAAGUCUUCGAAAAUGCCGCGACAGCCACAGACAUCAUGAACUUCCCUGUGUCGGCAGUGAGCCUUGAAUAUUUGGCGAAUGAUGGAAUCUGGAAGGACAUGAAAAAGAGCGAGUCUGACAGCGCAGAUUACGUGGAUAGCAGAAAUGAUCCCUAUGAGGGUGCCUACAAUCGAAGAGAGCCAGGGGGUCUGCAGUAUAUUGGAGGAAUUCCAACGGGUGGCUUGCCAGUUGGUGUGGUCGUUGGUAUUGCCAUAGCAGUCCUGAUAUUUGGCUUUGGCGUUGGCUUUUGCAUCUUCUACCGACGCAAGAAGGCCAUCACGGAGAUCGGAGGCAGCGAACGCGUGGUGACAGCGGCAGGUACCAUCAUCGGAAGUGGGGCCGCCAACCCUGGCAAGAAGGUGGAGGACGAUGGAGUACCAGCAAUGGCCAAUCAUUCACCUGAGGAGCUGGCCCGCAAGGCUCAGGACCCUUGGUGA